UCUUAAACGUUUCCGCAAUUAGCCUUUUUCAUUUCUAAUUUCUUGUAUUUUUCUUGAUUACCGAAAAAAAAACAGAAACAAAAACUGGAAAUUUUGAAUUAUUUUCCGGCAAAAGAACAGCCGUCAAAAUUUCUCUGUUGAAUUUCUUCGAGACCAUUCAACAAUAUCGUUGGCAUUUCAAGAAGUCUCUCUCAAGGUUUCUCAUCACGCCUCUAUGAAAUUUUGAAAUGAAAAAUCGAAUCGAAGAAGGAUCCGGGAUGAUUAGUGUUUAUGGACGAUCAGAUGGAUCAAGUAGCAUUCUGUCAUUUAAUGGAUCAGAAAGUCGUCAAAGUUUAGAUCAAACUAAGCAAGGUCAUCAAAGUUUAGUAGAGUGGUUGAAUGAGACACUUCCUUAUUUAAAUUUACCAUGGGAGGCUUCAGAGGAAGAAUUGAGAGCAUGUUUGAUGGAUGGUACUGUCUUGUGCAAUCUCUUAAAUCAGCUUAGUCCCGGUUCAAUGCGAAUGGGAGGUAGCUUUGAGCCUGGUUCUGUAAAUAUUGAGCGGUUUUUGGCAGCUAUGGAUGAAAUGGCAUUGCCCAGAUUUGAGGUUUUAGACUUAGAACAGGGGGAUAUGAUUCCAGUUUUACAGUCUCUUAAGGCGCUUAAAGCUAGUUUCUCUGAUGAUAAGAAUACACUUUGUGCAAGAAGAAGAUGGAGUUUGCCUGAGGACCAUUCAAAGGGAGUUGAUAGUAACUUUAAUGAUGGAUCACUGUUUAAGGAAGCAUCUGAGAUCAAUAUACCUCAUUCUCAAAUUUUGGACUUGCUAAAAUCAAAUAGUCUACAAAAUACUUCUACUCGGUCGUUGUUUGAUAUGCUCGAUAAGCUUCUUGAUGAGAGCCCGCAGAAGAUGAAUGUGUCGCAUGCUUUUGUAUCUAUCUUGAGAGGCAUCGUGCAAGUUGUGGAACAACGGAUCUCAAAUCAAGCUGAAAAUUUAAAGAACCAAAAUAUACUCUUCAGGGUCCGUGAGGAAAAGUAUAGAUCAAGAAUAAAGGUAUUAGAAACUUUGGCAUCUGGAACGGCAGAUGGAAAUGAGGUACUAAUUAUCAAUUUCUGUUGCAAAUAUCUUUUCAUCUUGCUGCCAUUUUUGUCAAAAUUUUCGAAGUUUUUUACUAUGUUAUUUGUGCUCUGUACGUAGCUAAUGUCAGAGGAUCAAGAUGUCCUGAAGCUGAAAAAGGAAAAAGAGCGUAGUGACGCUGAACUUUCUAAGUUGAAGCAAGAACUUGAAAUUGUGAAAGAGACACAGGAGAAACAAUUUUUGGAACUAAAAUUAAAUGCUCAAAAAGCUAGAGUUGAGUUGGAGAAACAAUUAAAGGAUUCGGAGUUACGUGUAGUAGAAGCAAAAGAACUUGAGGAGUUAUGUGAAACAAAAACUAAAAGAUGGGAGAAGAAAGAGCAAACAUAUAAGAGCUUUAUAAACCACCAAACAGAGGCUUUGCAGGAACUGAAAGCUACUUCUAUCUCUUUGAAACGUGAAGUCCUAAAGACAGGAGAGAACUACUUCCAGUAUCUAAAUUACUAUGGUAUACAGCUAAGAGGAGUGGCUCAUGCAGCAAAAAAUUACCAGAUAGUCAUUGAAGAGAAUCGGAGACUUUACAAUGAAGUCCAAGAAUUAAAAGGAAAUAUUAGAGUGUAUUGCCGGAUAAGACCAUUCCUUCAAGGGCAAAACAAGAAACAAACGUCAAUAGAGUACACAGGUGAGAACGGUGAACUGGUGGUUGCAAAUCCCUUGAAGCAAGGCAAAGAUACACAUCGGUUAUUUAAUUUCAACAAAGUCUUCGGCCCUGCAUCAACUCAAGAAGAAGUUUUCUUAGAUACUCGACCGUUGAUUCGAUCCAUUCUUGAUGGCUACAAUGUGUGUAUAUUUGCUUACGGUCAGACAGGAUCCGGAAAGACUUAUACAAUGAGUGGACCAAGCAUAUCUUCAGAAGAAGAUUGGGGUGUUAACUAUCGAGCUCUGAAUGACUUGUUCCACUUAACUCAAAGUAGACAAGAAUCAGUGAUAUAUGAAGUUGGUGUUCAAAUGGUUGAGAUUUACAAUGAGCAAGUUCGUGACUUACUUUCUGAGGAUAGUCCUAAUAAAAGACUUGGGAUUUGGAAUACUGCUUUACCAAAUGGCCUUGCAGUUCCUGAUGCAAGCAUGCAUUCUGUAAAUUCAACUGAAGAUGUUCUUGAAUUGAUGAAUAUUGGGUUGAGGAAUAGAGCUAUUGGUGCCACAACCCUUAAUGAAAAGAGCAGUAGAUCUCACAGUGUUCUUUCUGUUCAUGUACGUGGUGUUGAUAGCAAAACCGAAUCUAUCUUGCGUGGUAGUUUGCAUCUGGUUGAUCUUGCCGGAAGUGAGAGAGUUGGUCGCUCGGAAGUAACGGGAGAGAGACUCAAAGAAGCUCAACAUAUAAAUAAAUCAUUGUCUGCUCUUGGAGAUGUUAUAUUCUCUCUAGCACAUAAGAAUCCUCAUGUACCUUAUAGAAACAGCAAACUAACACAAGUCCUCCAGAAUUCUUUAGGAGGACAAGCGAAAACUCUUAUGUUUGUGCAGAUUAAUCCUGAUCAAGAUUCAUAUGCUGAGACCGUAAGUACUUUGAAAUUCGCAGAAAGAGUUUCUGGUGUUGAGUUAGGUGCAGCUAGAAGCUAUAAGGAGGGACGAGAUGUUAGACAACUCAUGGAACAGGUAUCGAACUUAAAAGAUAUGAUUGCCAAGAAAGACGAAGAACUUCAGAAGUUUCAGAGUAUAAAUAGUAUCCCAAACCGUGGACUAAGCAAACUAAAAAUUGGCUCUCCUCCUAGAAGACAUUCUUUAGGAGGAGCUUUAACAAAUUCUCCAAGAAAAAGACAAGGAUCUGGUUUGCUUGGAAGAACAACUUCAGAUUCAGCAGAUGAACGUCGACAUGGAAAUGAAUCACGGUCAUCGUCUAAGUUUUCUGGUGGGGCUAAAGACAAUAAUAUAUUUGAGGAUAUUGAACUCUUAGGCCUUGAAGAUUCAGAUAAUGAGGAAAGGUUGAGUGAUAUCUCUGAUAGUUGUCUUUCAAUGGGAACAGAAACUGAUGGCUCAAUUGGUAGCGGUGCGAUGGAGUUGACUCUCUUCCCUGAAACCUCAGAUCCUCCUAAAAUGCUUGAACAAGAUGACAAAGCUAAUGUUGGACCAUCAAAGCCUCUGAAGCAUACACCAAAACCAGACCAAACCAGACCUUCUCGUUUGUCGAUUUCCACCUCCUCGUCCAAGGCCUUAACAAGUUCUAAAAGACCGAUCACCGGCUCAUCCUCAGUGAAACCUCUUAACAGAAAGAGAUGAAGAAUAUUUUUUUCGACGCCCUCAAGCUUCGUUUUCUUAUACACACCACGUAACCUUGUUUUGUUUAUCAGAAAAUCGAAAGUAAGUAAAUCUGGUUUGAAAAUUAUCAAUGAAAAAUGCUUGUGAUUAUGUCUUUGGUGCUCUUACAAGAAGAAUCUAACAACCUUCACGGGGACACAAAUG